GAGCCGUUAGUCUCACGCUCUCUCUUCUUCCACACUACAAUAGUCUCGUCUCGACACGUAUACACAGCACGUAGAGACGACCGCGCGCCACCAUGAAGCUCCUCACCAUCCUAUCCUCCGCCCUCCUGGCCACCGCCGCCACCGCACGCUCGACCAUCCACAAGCGCGACUCCAACCUCUCGGUGCCUGGCGAGAACCCGCUCGAGCACUGCAAAGACCCCAAGGAGGACAUCCUCGCCAUCAAGAAAGUUGAUCUGAGCCCAAACCCUCCUAAAGCAGGCUCAACCCUCACAAUCACCGCCUCCGGAGUCCUCGCCGAAGACGUCGAAGAUGGCGCCAAAGUCCACUUGUCCGUCAAGUACGGCCUCAUCACCAUCAUCCGCCAGGAAGCCGAUCUAUGCGAUACAGUGACAAAAGUGGAUCUGGAAUGUCCUCUGAAGAAGGGUGAUAUCACUUUGACCAAGGAUGUGGAUCUCCCAGCCCAGAUUCCUCCGGGGACGUACAGUGUCGAGGCCAAUGUGGUGAGCAAGGGUGGAGAUGGCAUUACGUGCUUGAAGGCGACCGUAGCCUUUGGAAAAGGUGGCCUUGUGGGUACUGGAUUGUUCAAGGAGGGGCUGUAGGCUUGCUUUGGAUAAAGCGAUGGAGGUAGUACCUAGAGGGAGGGGUCGAAGGUCUGGAAGUUUCAACGACGAAUGGAUUGAGAUGCGGUGUGAAGAAGGCGAAACAAGUCAUUCAAGCACUAUUCUGAGUUGUCGCCACCAUCUGACCAGCCCAGCACGUCUUUUGGUACAUCAUCCAUUUGGAUCGACUUCUCUCUCAUUCUCUCUCUCUCUGCCUCCCCCGUCGGAGUAUAUAAUAUUCCAGUAUCAGUAUUUCCCUUAGCAUGGCGAAUCAGAGCGAGCGAGCACUAAUGUAUUUUGACGUAUUUACGUAUGUAUGAACAUAGCACUACACCAAACUCAUGUACCUACAUGUAAACCAAGUUCUUC